UUCAGAUUCAGUGUAAUGCCAACAUCGUUGGGUAUGAGGUACUUUCAGAGAAGUAUUAUGCAUUUUCCGUAUGCUUAGGCCUAGUACUUAAUGUAAAUAUUGCAUGCGCGAUUAAAAGUGUCAAGAAAAUGGUGAUUAUAAAUCAAUUAAUGCAAAUUUUAAGUGCUACAAUAAAGUGAAAACAAGUGCUUAUUAUGUACCGGUUCAUAUAACAACCAAGUGUGUUAAGUGUGUGAUUUUGAUCCUUAGAAUUCUGUGUGUGCCUUUCCCUUUUUUGGAUAUAUAUUCGGCGCCAAAAUGGUGGUGCGACAGUGAACCAAUUAGCAAUAUGCGAAUAAAAGUGAAAAUGAUGGAAAAAGUUUGAAAAAAAAGAAAAAUAGAAAGAAAAAAAAAAAUGUGGAAGAUUGAUUUAUAAAUGUUGGGGUAUAGAGUUGGGUGAAAAUUGGGUGGUGGUAUAGUUGAAGGAAUGGGUGCUGGGUUGGGUAGAACUGGCACGAGCGGCGGUGGCCUGCUCGAGGCUUUUCCUACGGGAACAUUAUUUCAUGUGGCUAUGUUGGGUUUAGAUAGUGCCGGUAAAACGACGGCACUAUAUCGUCUCAAGUUCGAUCAGUACCUCAAUACUGUUCCCACUAUUGGCUUCAAUUGCGAGAGGAUCCGGGGUAGCAUUGGCAAGGCAAAAGGAGUUGGUUUUUUGGUGUGGGACGUUGGCGGUCAAGAAAAAUUACGUCCACUAUGGAAAUCAUACACAAGAUGUACGGAUGGUAUAAUUUUUGUAGUCGACUCUUGUGACGUUGAAAGAUUAGAAGAGGCUAAAAUGGAACUUACCAGAACGGCGAGAAGUCCUGACAAUGCUGGUGUUCCAAUUCUAAUUCUUGCUAACAAGCAGGAUCUACCUGGCGCCAAGGAAGUGGGCGAGUUAGAGAAGCAUCUCGGAGUUUUAGAGUUGGCAGGAACUCCAGGGAGUUCGUGCAUAAGAGUCCAGCCAGCGUGUGCAAUCACAGGCGAGGGUCUUCAUGAAGGACUUGAUACACUCUACCAGUUGAUUCUGAAGCGACGGAAGCUUGCCAAGUUGAAUCGAAAACGAGCCAGGUAGGGCCGGAGUUCAGAGGACUGCACUUGCGUCUUCUGAUAUUGCUCACAAAAUGUCUCGCCUCUCACGAAGCACACCCCAUCUCUCAUCUUGUCUUCCAGUUCAGAUGAAGACAGUACAUAAAAAUCCUAUAUAGAGAUUUUCUCGACUGAUGUCGUCAAGACGAUCGUCUUUUCCGAGAAUAUUUUGCUCCAUCUGUUGUGAUAUAUAUCAUUCACUCUCUUUGACUCUCUCUCAUUUUGCUAUAAACUUGCAGUUCGUGUAAUUACACGACUUGAAGGCAAAUUUUAGACACAUUUUUUUUGUGACAAUUGAUGAGAGAGAGAUCAUCUUCAAGUUCUGUUUCUCUUUUAAACAAAGAGUCUCUUUGAACUGAUGGAAAUGUUUUUCUUCAGAUGACAAAAUCUUCAGAAAUUUUAUAAUCUGGUCCCAACGCUCAAAUAUAAAAUAAUUAUCGUCGAAUUAGAUGUAAUUUUUAAUAACUAACGAGCGUUACAUAAUAAUGUGUUAGAGACGAUGUUGAUUUUUCAAACUAUUUGAUAUACAGUCACGAAAACGACAAAUUAAUUGCAAGUGUGGAAAUUAAAAAAACGAGCUGUGAGUGAUUAGAAACUUUUGAAACAGGGCCUAUUUAUAGAAAAUUUGGGAAAGUUAUGUUAAAAAGGUUUUUCCAACAAUGGUGCAAUAUUUCACAAAAUUUUGAAAAUCACUCCCUUUUAAGAAAAAAAAAAACAAUAUUGUGUACUUGUGCCUAUCCACUUUUACACCUUUAUACCUCCAGAGAUUCAAACCAUGAAUCGUUGUCACAUAAUUUUUUUCCAAAAAAAUACACUUGUGUUAAUUUGCAUGAAAAAUUUUUUUUUAAUAAUACGCUUAUUAUUAUAAAUUUUGUGUGCUUUUGAAAUUUUUUCAAAUAUUCUAUAGUGUUUUAUUUUUCCAGCAAUUUUUUGGUGUAUAUUGAUAAAAAUUUCUCGAGAAAAUUACAAAAUUUCUGAUUGUAUAUAGGUAUAAUUUAUGUUUGACAAGUUUUCUGGUUAUUUUUUUUAUUGUGAAAGAAUUUGUGUUUGAAAAUAUCUAAUUGGAAAAUGUUAAAAACCUAUGAAUUGGGCAUAUCUGAUUUAUUUCGGAAAAUUUAUUAUAAAUGGGAAAAACAUAUCAAGUUUCUUUAUCUCAAGUAUAAAAUGUUUAUAAUUUUGUAAUUUGGUUGCAAUGAUAAAGCUCGCUUGGAAAUAUUUUCAUAUGUGUGAUAUCCUGUUUAUUAAUAGAGACACGAGUCUUUUGGUAUUUGCAAAGAGAGAGAAAGAGAGAGUAGUAAUUUAACAUAAGGUCAACUUUAAGUUUAAAAAAGGCGUCUUGAGAUCUUAUCUCUCUAUAUAUAUAUAUGAAUGUUUCUUAACUUUAAGAAGGAAUAAAUUCAAUUAUAGCUCCAAUGUCGUUUGUAUACAGGUUGUAUAUAUACAGAAGAGAGUCUGGCACUAUUCCAGACUCGAAGAGAGUUAAGGCCAGUGUUCUGAUAAUGUCAGUUUGAUUUCAUAAGCGAAAGGGAAAAUAAUUAAUACUUUGAUUUUUUACCUCUUUUAAAUGUUAUAAAGCCCCUCCUGCUUUUUUGAAUAUAUCCAAUACAAGCACAAACAAAAUAUUUUUUUAUCAAUCGAUCUCAAAUAGUUUCUUUAAAUCAAUUAUAUUAUUGGGACAAUUUUUAAUUUCUUUUAUAUUCCAAAUUAUUUUUUUAUUGUUUUUAAUUUUUACAAGUGGACCAAAAAUAAUUAUAAGAGACAAACAUUCUUCUUUCAGUUAGUUUUUUAAUUAAGAUAUUUUUAAAUUGUUUCUUUACUAAGAAUUUUUAAUCCUUUUGUCUUUAAGAAAUCACUGCCAUAAAUAUUUCAUAAAUAAAACAUGUUAGUAUUUUUUUUUUACAAAUUGCAGUAAAUAAAAAAAAUACUAAACAUUAAAAAAAAAAUUAUUACACAUACUUCUUUACCAGCAAUAAAGCUGCAAUACUGCCAAUUUUUGAAAAAAAAAUUGAUUAAUAAAUUUAAUUGAAUAUAAAUUUUCCCAGCGAGCUUUAAAUUCAAUGAAAAACAAAAAUGCAAUAUGUAUAUUUUUUUUGUGAAUGAUUUUUUAAAAAAUGACUGUAAUGAGUGACAAUGCUAGUCGAUUUAAGAAUAAUAAUAAUAAUAAUAAUAAUAAAAUUAGAAUUAAAUAUAUAAGUUGAUGAAAGGUGUAACGUGGAAUUUCUGUAAAUAUAUAAAGUCUGAAGACGCGAAAGUGCGUUUACUGUAAUUUAACAGGUGCUCUGCCAUUAUAAAUCAGAAAACUGCCCGAGGCGAAAUUUGAAUCCUCUUUAGCUUCCCUUAGAACCUAAAUAGGCCCUCUUUACGAUCUUGUAGACUCCCGUAGGCCCUCCUUUGAAUCCAAACGUGGAAGAAAGGUAAAUUUGCGACUGGUUGAGGAAGCUAAAGAGGGUCUAGUUCGAUUAAAAAAGUACAAAAAAAUGCAAAAAAAAAACUCUUUUAAUUAUUUUGAUUAAAGCAAAAUGAAUUUUUUCUUCACACAAUAUUUCUUUAAUUACCCUUUAAAAACUGGAAUUAACAUAUUUUGAAGCGUUUUCAAAAAAUUAAUAGAAUUAGAGCAAUUUCAAAAUUUUCAAUAUUUUAAUCAAUUUUUAUACCCUACUUUGAAUCCAAACGUGGAAGAAAGGGAAAUUUGCGACUAGUUGAGGAAGCUAAAGAGGGUCUGUUUAACCCUACUUUACUCCUUGUAAAUUAGGGCUUAAAUUUCGCCUCGGGUGGAAGUUGGGUAUCGAAAAUUUGUUAUUGUUGUUCUAUUGUAUAAAAUAAAUACCGUUUUCCUAAUGUUUAAAUAAAAGAAAAAUGAAAGUCCUUUCAAACGUAGAUUGUUAAUAACAAUUUUCAGUUUGAAUAGUUAAUUAUUUAUGAUACUUAAAUGUAUCAUUGUAUAAUACUAAUGAUUUUGUAAAAAUUAUUAUAUUAAAAUUAUUUUCAUUUACAUAUUAUGUAUAAGAGAUUAUGAAAAUAAAUAAAAAUUUAAUUUGAUUAACGGAUUAUUUUCUACGAUUUGAAAGAAAAUUAAGAAAAGGUUGCUGUGAAUUGCAUUGACAAUGAUUAUUACUAAUAAUGAUUGCCACAAAUUUUGCAUUUUAAAAUUGGAUAACAGAUUUAAUUUUAAAUAAAUUUCUCGUAUUCAUCGAAUCUUCAGUAGGAAUUUUUUUUUAUUGUUAUUUGAUAGAAUUCUUAAAAUGAAAUUCGAAAUGGCCGAACAAAAUAGAAAAAUUUCGGCGCUAUUUUUAAAAUCAUUAAUAAAUAAGUGCAAGAUUUUGGCAAUCUUUUGUGUUGCUAAAAAGGCAAACACUGGUUUUCUGUUUUGUAUGGCACACAACCUAUUUGACUUAUUAGAAAUAAUGCCUAAUAAAUAUGGUUGUUGUUUUUAUAUUGACCGUCAUUCAAAAUUCUAUGGUACACUAUACAUACUUGCCCUUGUUGUGUUUAUUAUUAUUCGAUAUUUUAUCAUACGCUUUGAUCAAUCGAUAUAGAUAACCUAUUUAUGUAUAAAUGCAUACCGAUAUAUAUAGUAUAUAAGUAUAAACUAGAAUGAUAAAAUGAUAAUGGGGACAAAAAAAAAAAAAAAAACAAAA